AUGUCAAAGAAAAGUCGUGCCAAAGGAGAGAAGUCCGAUAUGGAGAAUGAAGCACUGCAAGCUGCUAAUGAGGAGCUACGGACUAAACUAACCAACAUCCAGAUAGAAUUUCAGCAAGAAAAAAGCAAGGUGGGAAAAUUGAGAGAGAAAAUCCAGGAGGUUAAACAAGAAAGGGAGCAGGAGCAGCACAAGCACACUGCCUAUGUUUCUGAACUGAAAGCCAAGCUCCAUGAGGAGAAAAUGAAGGAACUUCAGAGUGUCAGAGAGCUACUGAUCCGGCAGCAUGAGCAGGAGGUAGCAAGAAUGGUGAAGAUCAAAGAUGGUGAAAUUCAGCGUUUGCAGUCAACAGUCAAUGUCCUGCGGGACGGGGCAGCUGACAAAGUGAAGACGGCACUGCUGGGUGAAGCAAAGGAGGAGGCUCGCAAGGCGUUUGACAGUGAACGGAUGAAGUUGCAACAGGAGAUCUUGGAGCUCAAAUCUGGCAAAAAGCAGCUUGAAGAAGCUUUGAACAACAUUAUGCAGGCAGAUAAAAUGAAGGCUGCUGACCUGCGCACGGCUUAUCAGUCCCAUCAGGAUGAGAUUAAUAGAAUAAAGCGGGAAUCUGAGAGAGAGAUCCGCAGGCUGAUGGAUGAGAUAAAAGGCAAAGACAGAGUGAUUCUGGCUCUGGAGAAAGACCUCGGAGUCCAGGCAGGUCAUACACAGAAACUGCUCCUUCAGAAAGAAGCUUUGGAUGAACAGCUUGUCCAAGUGAAGGAGGCAGAACGAUACCACAGCAGUCCUAAGAGAGAGCUUCCUGCGGGAGUGGGGGAUAUCACCGAACUGAUGGGAAGCCCGGAGCAGCAUUUGGAUGAACGAGAUGUGCGGAGAUUUCAGUUAAAAAUUGCUGAACUGAAUGCUGUAAUAAGGAAGCUGGAAGACAGAAAUACUCUCUUAGCAGAUGAAAGAAAUGAACUGCUGAAACGUUCUCGGGAGACAGAAAGUCAGCUGAAGCCUCUGGUAGAAAAAAAUAAGAGGAUGAGCAAAAAAAAUGAUGAUAUGUUGCAAUGUAUCCAGAGAAUGGAAGAGAAAAUAAAGAAUCUGUCAAGGGAAAAUGUAGAAUUGAAAGAGAAGUUAUCUGCACAACCAGCACUGAAGAGGCACACGUCUUUGAAUGAUCUCAGCAGCACACGGGAAGAACAAGAAAUUGAAUUCCUCAGACUGCAAGUCAAAGAACAGCAGCAUGUUAUUGAUGAUCUCACAGUGGAGAGGGAACGGUUAUUACGAUCUAAAAAACAGAAGAGGAAAAGUCUGAAGCCUCCAAAGAGGCAUGUUGUGGAGACAUUUUUUGGAUUUGAUGAAGAAUCUCUUGAUUCAGAAACAUCAUCUGUAACUUCAUAUAACACAGAUAAAACAGACAGGACACCAGCAACACCAGAAGAAGAUUUGGAAGAUAGCACACCUAAAGAAGAAGCAGAGCUAAGGUUCUGCCAGCUAACAAGGGAGUAUCAAGCUUUGCAAAGAGCAUAUGCGUUGCUUCAAGAACAAGUUGGUGGAACCCUGGAUGCAGAGAGAGAAGCAAGGACUCGUGAACAACUGCAAGCUGAUCUUCUCAGGUAUCAGGCAAAAAUUGAGGACCUGGAGAAAGCUCUAAUCGAGAAAGGACAGGAUUCAAAAUGGGUAGAAGAAAAGCAACUAUUAAUCAGAACAAAUCAGGAGUUGCUAGAGAAGAUUUACAGAAUGGAACAAGAAGAGCAUCAGCUGAAGAACGAGAUGCAAGAUGCAAAAGACCAGAAUGAGCUGUUAGAAUUCAGAGUGCUAGAGCUUGAAGUAAGAGAUUCUCUCUGUUGCAAACUCUCAAAUGGAGCAGAAAUUAUGUUUGAACCCAAGCUGAAAUUCCUGUAA